GGUGGGAUCAGGGUGUUAGUUAUCACACAUGCCUGCUAGACAUGCCUAAUGAAGAAGUCAAAGAUGUACCACUCUGAACCCAGCAUCUCUUAUGCCUCUCCCAGAAGACGGUGACGAACAUGACUGUGUUGCCGAGCUUCUUAUUGUAUGUACUCCCAGACCUGACUUAAAAGAUGUACCCCUGACCAACCCUGACCUCAUUUUGUAUGUUGAUGGGUCCGCCUCUCGCGACCCUGUGGGCACUUAUCGGGUGGGUUUCUCUGUUGUUUCAGAUUCUGCUGUUCUCUGUUCCGGACCGCUCCCAUGCCACCUCUCAGCACAAGCAGCAGAGCUCGUAGCACUCACUGAGGCCUGCACUUUUGCAAAAGGCAAAUCUAAGUCUGCUGGCUCACAGAGAGUGACUACGCCCACUCAGAAUCAACCUACCCAGAAUCAACCUACCCUCCAAGCUCUUUUUGAGCACCAUAUUAAGUACCCAAAGGAGUCCAAAGAUGCUACAAGGCUCAACAGGGCAGUGGCAGAGUUCAUCUGUAUAGACCAAAUGCCAAUAUAUGUAGUUGAAAAGGCUGGCUUCAGAAACCUUGUACAGCAUCUGGACAAAAGGUAUAACCUCCCCUCUAGGAAUUUCUUUAUGUAUAAUGAAAUUCCCAAGAUCUAUAAUGAGACGAGAUCUAUAAUCAGUGCACAGCUGACACCAAAGCCAUUCUUCUCCUGCACUACGGACCUCUGGACCAGCAGAACUGUAGACACAUACAUGGCUGUAACAGUCCAGUUCAUAACAAAGUCCUGGGAAAUGCAGUCCUGAUGCUUAGGAUGCUCUGCAUUGCACUCUGACCACACAGCUGACACUCUGAAGGAAGCCCUGGAGGAAAUUGUCACAGAUUCCUGGGGGCUAGAUAUGGCCAAAAUGUCUGGUAUCACAACAGAUAAUGCUUCUAACAACCGCAAGGCUUUUGCUGACUACACCUGGAUACCCUGUUUUGGUCACAACUUACAUUUGUCAGUCAACAAAGCCAUAGACAUUGAUCGUGUGGCAAGCUGUCUGUCCCGGAUCCGCAAGACUGUCUCUGGCUUCUCAAGAUCUAAUAAGAUGUCAAGACUGCUGAAAGACAAACAGAAAUCUUUACAGCUGCCACCACACAAACUAAUUCACGAUGAGCCCACCCGAUGGGGAUCCACCUAUGAUAUGGUGGAACGAUUUUGUGAGCAGCAGCAAGCUGUCUCUGCUAUUCUGGCUGAGGACAGAAAGAAGUGGCACCUGAUGCCCAGAGACACAGACAUGACAACUUUGGAAAUUGUGAGGGACGUCCUGGCUCCACUUAGUGAUUUCACAGAUGCCCUAAGUGGAGAGAGAGAAACAACAAUCUCAUCAGUCCUGCCACUCAUGUGGAAGAUAAGAGCCUGCACAGAAGAUGAGGAAGGUGACCGUCCACUGCUGCUGGAAAUGAAGCACAGAAUUAGAGAAGACUUAGAAAAGAGAUACAAUGAGCACGAUCUGAAGAUGAUGCUAAACAUCUCCACUUUCCUAGAUCCAAGAUUUAAGAGUACGUUUGUUACUAUGGAAGAGGAAGUCAAGAGGGAACUGCUCCUCAAAGCUGAGACCGUUAUGCUUCCUAUGGAGGAGCAACCAGAAGACUCAGAGGACAAUAGAGGAGGAGCAGCUGCUGCGGCUGCAGGGAAGAGAAAAAUAAGUGACCUAAAACAUUUGCUCUGCAGUAUCACCUCAGAAAAGAAGGGGGCAGAUCAUUCUGGAACAAGACAAGAUUCUUCCACACCCACAAUACCCACAGAUAAACUAAAUGGUGAGAUCACUGACUACAAGCUAUUAACAGACAUUAGCCCUGCAGAGGACCCCCUGACCUGGUGGAGUCAACAUGAGGUACACCUGCCCAUGCUGGCUCGCUUUGCAAAACAGUAUCUGUGCAUUCCAGCAUCCAGCUGUGCAUCUGAACGCGUCUUCAGCACAUCUGGAAACAUCUGCAGUCCUAGGCGUUCUAGACUGACUGAGGAACACUUAGAAACCCUUGUUUUCUUGGCCAAAAAUCUUAACAAGGCAAAGGAACUGAAUAAAAAAUGAAAACCAGCCUGCCACCCUAGGACUAAGGUUUAGUCUGAGUAGGGACAUAAUCAAGCCAGUUAUGCUGCUAAACAGUAGGGCUAUGUUCUAUGUCUUUUGUCGGAGACCUCAUUGCUCGUUUAAUAUACAAAUCUAUUUUGAAAAAAGUUGUUUGUUUAAUUUUAUUUAAUACGAAUUCUUGUCAUUUAUUUUAUUUAUUGUUCUCAUUGUUUAAAAGUGUGUGUUAUGGUUCUGGUGAAUAGUAUAGUAUAUAUAGUAUGUGUGUGUAUAGUGAUCUGGUGUGAAAUAAAGCACAAUAAUUACAUUUCAGUCUGUUUCCCUUUUUUUAAGAAAAGUAUCGCAAUUCUUGACUUUGUAUCGGUAUCGAAACCAAAAUGUUGGUAUCGUGACAACACUACUGCAGA